UUUAUUCUGGCAAUAUUUGAAGCAUCAUUUUUGAAUUUUGAAUUCUAUGUUUCCGUUUGUUUGCUAACUUCUCAAACAAAUUACUGCUGGAACUUUUGUGUUGCUUGAAUUAUAUUUGUUAUCUUAUUGAGCAAGAAAAGUUGUGUAAAAUCUAUUUUCCCAAAAAAUAAAUGUUAUUUGCAAAAGUUAAUAUACAAAUCAGACGUUUACAUGCAAACUGAAACUAAGGGACUACUCGGAAGUCUGGAAACUGAAAACAUGUUUUCUGUUACAAAGUAGACUGUGUGGAGCGUUUUGUGACUAGGGACGAAUAAUAAUAUUGUGCAUAUAACGUAUUCCAGAACUUAUUCUCCUAAAGAACCUAAAGAAAACUGAAAAGAUGUCUAGGAUACCUAAAUUGCCCACAACACUUUCAAAAGAAAACAGACCGGGACUUUUGAAUCGACCAUUGGGAAGAACAUUAGCAAAUGGUCUCAGUGAUGCUGACAAAAAGAAUUUACUCAUUAAUCAUACAAGACCUAUGCGUGGGGGAUCAACCACUGCAACAACAGGGGUUGCAGCCCCUCGACUAAAGAGAGCAGCAACAGCUCCAUCAUCUUCUAUAGCACCAAAAGUCACCAAAGUUGAAAAAAAGGCUCCGGCUCCAAAAAUUCCUCCCUAUGAUUACAAAGCAAGGUUUAAUGAUUUACUUGAAAAACACAAGGCUAUGAAGAGCGACUUUACUGAUUUAAAAGAGAAACAUGUUGAGGUGUCCGAUGAUUACGAGAAGAUUAAAGAGACUGUGCAAAGCUGCACUAGUGAAAGGGAUAUCCUCAAAGAUAAGCUACUCAACUCUCUUAAUGAUUUAAGAACUAAAGUUACAGAAUAUGAAAAAAUAAAAGUUGACUUUGAAAUCCAAAAACUUGAAAAUGAAGAUUUACAGCGAAAAACGAAAUUAUUAGAUGAUGUGACUACCAGUCUCAGACAGAAAUCUACAGAAUUGGAUAUAAUACAAGCAGAAUUUGACGCAUUGACUAGACGCCAUAACAGUCUUAAAGAAGAGACGGAAGCAUUAAGAGUUCUUACCGAACAACUUAAAAAGAUAUCAAUUGAAUAUGACAAACUAAAACUGGAUUAUAAAGAGGCACAAGAAUCUAUCACAAAGUAUAAAAGUGAUUCGGAAGCAUUACAAAAUAUUUUAGCAUCAAUGUACAAAGAACAAAGAGACUUGAGAAAUACAAUUCAAGAUUUGAAAGGAAACAUUCGUGUGUAUUGUCGGAUUCGGCCACCUCUUGAAUCAGAAUUAACAAAGCCACUGUUCAACUUGAACGUUCUUGAUGCAUGUUCAAUAGAGGUUGAAAAAAUUGAAUUGCUCAAUUCUGCUAGAAAGUGCAAACCACAAUCAUUUACUUUUGAUGGUAUAUUUACUCCACAUGCAUCUCAAGAAGAUGUGUUCACAGAGGUGUCGGCCAUGGUGCAAUCAGCUUUGGAUGGAUACAAUGUGUGUAUCUUUGCAUACGGCCAGACUGGAUCGGGUAAAACCUACACCAUGGAAGGUGGAUGUGGAACAGAACAAUAUGGCAUCAUCCCUCGUGCCUUCAAUAUGAUUUUUACAUGUAUGGAAGACUUAAAGAGGAUGGGUUGGGAACUCACAAUCAAAGCGUCAUUCUUAGAAAUUUACAAUGAAGUGAUUUAUGACUUACUAAAUUCAAGCAAGGACCAAGAGAGUCAUGAAAUCAAAAUGGUUAACUCUAAAGGUAUUGAUGUGUAUGUAUCUAAUCUAAAGGAAGAGGAGGUCAAGAGCUCGCAUGACUUCAUCAGGCUGAUGAUAUUUGCCCAACGUAAUAGACAAACUGCUGCCACAUUAAACAAUGAGCGUAGUUCACGUUCACAUUCAGUGGCACAAAUUAAAAUAUCUGCCAUCAAUGAGAAGCGCAAAGAAAGGUAUACUAGUAACUUGAAUUUAGUUGAUCUGGCUGGCUCAGAGAGUGGUAAAACUACCCAAAGAAUGGAUGAGACCAAACAUAUUAACAGGUCUUUAUCAGAAUUGUCCAAGGUUAUAUUAUCCUUGCAAACUAACCAGUCACAUAUCCCUUACAGAAACUCUAAGCUGACUCACUUACUGAUGCCUAGUCUUGGUGGCAACUCUAAAACCCUCAUGUUGGUCAAUAUCAACCAAUUUGAUGAAUGUUUCAGUGAGACUCUGAACUCUUUACGGUUUGCCACUAAAGUAAACAACUGUAGAGUAGUAAAGGCAAAGAAAAAUUUAUCCAUGGUUGAGACAUAAUUUAUUCUAAAAUCAUUUUAUGACAUGAAAUAAUCUGAUUUAAAUAUGACAUAUAUUUUGAGUUUUUAUAAACUUACCUGCACUAUUUACUAAUUUACUUC